CGCAGACCUCGAAUUUCUUAUUGCUCCGGUGAGUGAGUUUUCAGUGUUCCGUUCUCCAUUGACAUAAAUCAAUUCGUAUCUCUCAUACUCUCUCGCUCUUUUCUUCCGCCGGUUUUUCAAUUCUCUGCUUAACCGUGCGGAAGGGGGCAAAGACGACUGUUUCGAGAUGGAGGAGGAAGCGAGCACCAGCGCCACUGGCGUAAGAGGAGGAGGAUUGUCUCCUUCGGCGACCUACUUGAACUUCGGGGACUGGAAGUUUGUCAUGAUGGAGCUCGAGCUUGGGAAUACAACGAUAUUUUCAGGAGAGAAGCUCUUGGAAGAUGCGAGUGGAUCUGCUGCGGUUGUCGAGUCGCCUCCUCCAGCCAACGCCGACCUCGACCUCGAGUUUCGUAUUGCGACGGUGGUCGGUGAGCCAGGGACGACCCAUGAUAUUCGGAGGACCUAUUCGAAAAUUAAAAUUGUGGCCUAAUUUUUUCCCCUCAAAUUUAUUAUAAAUAAAAUUAUUAAAUAAUAAAAAAUACAUAAGUUCGGAAAAUUAUUACAAAAAGAAUAAUAUCGUUUAUGAUUGUUUGAAAAGUAACAACAUGAGCGCAAGAUGCAGAUCUUCAGCCAAAACCUUCACCGCGUUAUUGAGGGCUACUCCGAGGAGGUCGAGAACGAAAUUUCUCAGCCUCAUAAGGCAGAUCCAUCGCUUCUCCCGCGUGGCACCACCACGGUUUAGAAGGAGUAUAUCCACUAGUGCUAACAUGUUCACUUGAAUUCCACGGAGUAGCCAACGCAGAAGGAGUUUUUAAAGAUUUUGAGAUGGAGAGGGAAAAUUGUGACGGAAAUUAACAGAGGGGGGGGGGGGGGGGGGGGGGAGAAGAACAAUGAGAUGAGUGCAGCGACAUGCGGCCAUAAAUAGUAGCAACGAUUAUACAAAAGGAAUAAUGGAUGAUGAUUGAGGGUGGUGACUGGUGAGGGUUUAUCCUUUCAUAUUUUGUUACAAAAAAUUUCUAAUAAUAAUUGAAAGGGAAUCCAUAUAUAUAUGGUAGGUGGCGAAGGAAUGGUGAAAAAAUUGAAUUUUUGGCCCCUAUUAACUCAUUCUACGGGCCUUUGAUAUUGUAGUUAAUAAAUAUCUUAUGGGAACCCGAACCGUAGCACAACAUGACAUAGAUGGACUAGUAUAUAUAAAAAUUUAUGGGCUGAUCAGAUGGGCCCCUAAAAUAUUUGAGGCCCUAUGCUAUGGAUCUGACCAGCACAAGGCCUGGGUCAGGCCUGCGGUGAGCGCCCCAAGAUUUUUCGUUGGUGCCAUAAUAAAUUUAAUGCAUCAAUGUGCUAUAUUUAUGGUUAAUUUUUUUUUUUAACUUGUAAAGUGUACAUCCCCGAACUGCACUAUAGAGGUCCUAGUAGAUGUCAUGCGUACAAUAUCAAUGAAAAGUGAGCAUUAGUGAGCAAAACUGACUAUGUUCUCUUUUGAGGGUGCGUGAGCGAAGAAAGUGCCCAACUAUUAUCAUGCUCCUUACUCGAAUGAGGGAUGCCAAAAGCAAGGAGUUGAGUGUAUAAGGCCUAUUCCAAAGUAAGAGCACAAUGCAUUACUCGAAACACAAGAUAAGACGUGGAAGUCUUCAUGGGAUGUAAUCCUAAGUGAGAUGCAGUGUUGGUUUGUUCCUUGGUUCUAAGAUGUCUUUCACUACUGGAUUGUGCUUCUCAUGAGUUUGGUCUAGUUCAGACCGUACUGUUACACACCCUUAGGUCCAACUACGCAAGCAAUUACCAAAAAAAUGUUUAAAUAAUCAUGGCGAAGAUUUGUUUCAAUGCAUUGAGGAGACAGAUAAAUUAAGCCUAUUAUAAGAAAUCGUUUAGAAACAAUUAAUAUAUAAUUUGGAGAUAACUCAACUUAUCGAGGUCCAGCUAUCCUAGAAAUUACCAACAACUAAAUGAUUAAAUAAUCAAAUUAUACAUUUGAUUCGUUUUGUAGAACUAAGAAAUUAUAAUUCAGAGUUUCACGCACAUAAUUUGAACUCUAUUUUUAGUAAAUAAAUUUGUGAUAAAGUUGGUGUAUGUGUGGUAUAGACUAGAGAGUGAGUUGUCACAGUAACAAAUAGUUAGGUUAAACAAAUUGUGAUUAUAUAUAAUUUAGUUUUAGCCUAUUAUAGACAAUGCAUAUAAAGGAUGUUUUAAUGGCAUGGUAACAAACCUAUUAAAUAGUACUCUAGACUAAAUCAUCCGUGAAAUU